AUGGCAUUUCGGAAAGUUUUCCCAAAACGCCUUUUCGACGGUGUAAAAAUGUCCUUCCGCACUCUCCCAACUUUUCCCGAACCCACCUCCCUCCACUACUAUCUAACCUCGCCGGAAUCCCCCCACAAUGGCUACUUCCGCCGCUUUCUCGAGGCCAGAAGCGAGUGUCGCCACUCCGACAUUCUCCCACUUCCCGUGGGGGACAAACUCAAAGUCAUAAACACCGUCGAUCUCGAUUCAAAUUAUCCGACGGCUCCGCAUGGCAUGGGAAUUUCCGUGAAUGACGCGAGGAAGAUUCUGAGGGCAUCGCAGAUGGAGAAGGUGAAAGCGAAGCUGAGAGACAUUCCUCAUACUUCAAUUUCUUACGCUCACUACUUCCGGCUCUGCCUUCAGUUCUGCGAUCACAAUCAAUGUCAAGCGGCGGAGUUCGCCAAGAUCUUGGAUCACUCCGGAAACGUCAUCGUUCUUGGCGACGUCGUUCUUCUACGUCCAGAACAGUUAACAAAAACAAUAGAGAGGUUAAUAUCAGAAUCAACAGCCAGUCCGAGGGACCCGAGGAGGGAGGAGUUGGAGAAGAUGGAAAGGUUAAAGGUCAUGAUUGACGAAAAGGCGAAGGCCCAGGUCCGAUGGGAGCUUUACUGUGGACUGGGCUUUUUUACUGUUCAAACGCUUGGGCUUAUGAAACUUACCUUUUGGGACUUGACCUGGGAUGUGAUGGAGCCCGUAUGUUUUUUUCUGACCUCUCUGUACUUCUCUUUCGCAUACGUGUUCUUCCUGAGGACUUCAACAGAACCAAGUUUCCAAGGUUACUUCGAAAGCAGGUUGAAGACGAAACAACAACGGCUGAUGAAGAUGUACAACCUUGAUAUUCAAAGGUACAACGACCUUUGUAAAGCCUGCUACUCAACUUCGCACGCUCUUUCCAACUCCCAACCUUUAACUCAUCCCUUGUAA